CACGGAUUCACAUACUUUACGUGUGCAAGUUUAUCUCGCUCCACAUCAUGAAUAAGUAUUCAUAUUCGAUAUGGGCAACUUGGCUCAUGCUUAUGCUGAUCGUAAUCAGCGAGAAGGCUUCAUUCGAAUUUGACCUUGACAAUGUAAGUCCAUUCUCAGAUAACUCCACGGAACAAACAUACCAAAGAAUAUCUGACGAUUCGCUUCUAUGGGGCCCAUAUAGAUCAGGAAUAUACCUUGGAAUCCGCCCUCGUAUACCUAAGUCACUAAUGUCUGGUCUUUUGUGGUUCAAUGUUGACUCUCAUCGUGGAAUUCUGUCAAUAAGACAUGCAUAUGAGCAAGGUCAUAACCUUGCAAAAGCCAACUGGGUUAAUUUUGACCCUCGGAUAGGUGGCAGACAAUUUAUUUCUGAUAAUGAAUGUCAUAUCAAUAUCACGAUUGACUUCGUGAAGAGCAAUGAUGGCAAGAAUUGGGGAGUCAAGGUGCACUCUGUGCCGCAUGAAGGAUUUGAACAUCUCUCUACAUCUUUCGUCUGGUACUCUGGCCUAGAGGGAGAGGAGCAUGAUGAUGCUUCGAAGGAAAUUGUUCCUUCCGGCUUUUUGAAACUUGACAAUCCGCAUGAUGCUCGUGGAUAUGACACUGUUAAUUUGUCAGGCUUCUCGAAAGAAUUGGGUCUUUUUGAAAUACUGAUCAAUGACGGUGGCAAAGGCGUAAGCAACGUCCACCCCACCCGGAAGAAUCUUCCAAUACCCGAACUAGAUACAUCUCGUGCUCAUCAUAUGAGUCUUCGUGUGCCAGAUGGACAUGUCUGGCAGGGCUCUGACAUAUUCAUUACCUUAUUGCAAGACUCUAUCAAAGACUUGGCGGACAAAUUUGGAGAAAAAGCUUCGAAAAUUCCACCCCACCAGGGCCUCAUCGCAAGAAACUUGCUAAACUACGAGGGAAACAUGCAUUUCAUUCAAAAGGUUUAUCAAGGUGCUUGUGAGUUUGAUAUCACCUAUAACGCGGCUAAAGUGAGCCCUUCUGAAGCCAUCACAUUCUCUAAUAUCAAAGGUCGUAUCCAUGGUGUGAUGCAGAAGCUAGACAGAAAAUUUGAAAAACAUUUUCCACUUGGGGCAUGCUCAGGAAAAGAAAAAGAGUUCGCAAAAGAGCUUCUCUCAGGGCUUUUAGGAGGACUUUCAUACUUCCAUGGAGAUCACAUGGUCGAUAGAACUACAUCUUUAGAUGAUGAUGAUCUCCCUGUGAACAUCAACGGAGAAGUGCACCUUCCAAAACUCGUGGGAACGCGUGAAGGUCCUUUUGAGUUGUUCUCGCUCGUGCCCUCGAGGCCGUUCUUUCCUAGGGGUUUCUACUGGGAUGAGGGGUUUCAUUUGCUUCCCAUACUUGAAUUUGACUCUGAUCUAGCUCUUGAGAUUAUUAAGUCGUGGUUUGAGUUGGUCGAUGAAGAGGGGUGGAUUGCUAGGGAGCAAAUUCUUGGUGAUGAAGCGAGAUCAAGAGUUCCACCCGAAUUUGUUGUUCAAAGCAGUGCUGUGGUCAACCCUCCCACAAUUAUGUUAGCUUUCACGGAACUUCUUGAGAGAGCACAAAAAACGGAACUUCAACAGCACGUUGAUGAUCUUGAAGGCGACGUUCAAAAAGGAAGUCCUGGCCUGAUAUUGGUGAAUGACCCAUUGCUACUCAUAGAAUUUACCCAGAAGAUUUACCCAAAACUAAAACUCCACUAUGAUAGCUUUCGCAAAUCCCAACAAGGCGAGGUUGAUGAAUUCAAUCGAGGAUCGAAUAAAGAAAUAUACCGUUGGAGGGGGAGAACCUCGACACAUAGCUUGGCCUCUGGACUUGAUGAUUAUCCCAGGGUGCUCCCCAUAGAUGUCGCAGAGCUCAAUGUUGAUCUUCUAUGCUGGGUUGGAGUGAUGACCCGCUCCAUCAAGAAAGUCGCUGAGGUAUUAGACAUCAAAGAAGACGUUGAGAAUUACGCACAAAUUGAAAACAACAUCAUGGAAAACAUAGACAAAUUUCACUGGUCGGAACAUGAUAAGACCUAUUGUGACGCUUCUGUCGACGACGACGAUGAGCAUAUUUUUGCCUGUUUUAAAGGUUAUAUUUCGCUUUUCCCUUUCUUGACUAAAUUUGUACCCGCAGAGAGUGUUGAUAAAUUGGAACAUAUUGUUGACUUGCUAGCGGAUCCCAAUGAACUCUGGACGGAGUUCGGUAUACGCUCUCUUUCAAAGUCGAGCGAAUACUACCGCACUGCCGAAAACUAUUGGAGGUCUCCUAUCUGGAUGAACAUUAACUACCUAGUUCUCGAGAGUUUGGCGCAUUACAAUGACGUCUCUGAUAAUUAUUUGUCCGAAGAUCUCAGAAGUAAAAUUAACAAAGUCUACACUAGUCUUCGGAAGAACCUCAUAAAUACAGUUCAGCUGGAAUGGGAAAGGACCGGUUUUGUCUGGGAACAAUACGAUGACCAAACGGGCUCGGCAAGAGGAGCUAAAAACUUUAUGGGCUGGUCCAGCUUGGUGCUUCUCAUGAUGUCCAUGCCAUCUUCCCUAAACUAAUUGACAAAAUUUUAGACAUAGGCUGGACUAGGAAUAAAUGAAGAUACAAUUAGUUUUUAAUAGCUCAAAAUACAGAUACUUCUUC